AUGGCUCCAUCUCGUAAAAACAAGCGAAGUCUUGAAGAAAUGGUACGAAAAUUGUCAGAAGAAAAGAAAAUACAAUUGGAAACUGAAAUGAAUCGUACUAUGCCACUUCCAAUCAAUAAUAAUAACAAUAAUCUGAUGUUUCCCUUGGCACGAUUAAUGCAUCCACCAUUUCUACCACCAAAUAUGUACUUGGCCAACAAUUUUUUGCGCUCGCCAUUUGCCUACUUUUUACAAAAUCUGUGAGUUUUUUGAGAUUUUUUGGUGAAUCGUAGAUCUAGACUUGUUGAAUCUUAUUUUGAUCCAUUUUUUUUCAGCGAGUUGUCCCAAUUUCUGACAUCGGACUUCAGACAGACUGAAUUAAGCAGCAGUGGAAGUCAGACACCAGAAGAUGCUGAAGUCAAGAUUGAUGAUGGCCGAGCUUCAUCUUCUUCAAACGGAAUUGGUGAUAUCUCAUCUGGAGCAAAUGAAAAUGAUGGCGAUAAAAAAUUCGUGUGUCCUCACAUUGCUUGCUAUAAACGAUUUUCCCAAAAAGCUCUUCUCAAAAAGCAUCAAUUUAUUCAUACUGGUCUUCGACCACAUCAAUGCUUGUAUUGUAAGAAGAGGUUGGUUCUCAAGUUAAUAUUUUUCCAAAGUUUUUGAGUCGAAUGGAUUUUUAUCAAAGUGUUUUUAGAUUCAACCGAAAGGAUAAUUUGAUUCGACACAGUAAAACACAUCGAAAAGUCGAUAAUUCCUCUUCGAAUUAUGAAUCAACAGGAAAUGCACAAGGAAUAGAUAACUCUCGAUUUCAUUUGGAGGUAAGUUAGGACUCAACACAGAUAUCAAUUCGAAUUCAGAAUUAUUUCCAGCUCGUUCGAUUGGCCAAUUCAACAUCCUUCAUGAAAACAAAGAUCGAGGAGACUUGA